CGCCUGCUUCAGUCUGCGGCAGAAAAGGGAGACGGGCAGGAGGUGGCUGCUUAGUUGCCAGCCGGCAGCUGAUCGCUGAACGAGUCCUAGAUUUGCAGGUACAAGUUCGAAGAUGCUGUCAAGUCUCUUCCAAAUGCAUGGGCUUUUUGUGGCCUCUCAUCCGUGGGAGGUCAUUGUGGGAACUGUAACUCUUACUAUCUGCAUGAUGUCCAUGAAGAUGUUCACUGGGAAUGAUAAGAUCUGCGGAUGGAAUUAUGAAUGCCCCAAACUUGAAGAAGAUGUUUUGAGCAGUGAUAUCAUAAUCCUGACAAUCACACGCUGUAUAGCAAUCCUUUAUAUAUACUUCCAGUUUCAGAAUCUGCGACAGCUUGGAUCAAAGUAUAUCUUGGGUAUUGCUGGACUCUUCACAAUCUUCUCCAGUUUUGUCUUCAGUACAGUGGUGAUUCAUUUCCUUGAUAAGGAAUUGACAGGUUUGAAUGAAGCUUUGCCAUUUUUCCUGCUUCUGAUUGACCUUUCCAGAGCCAGUGCAUUAGCCAAAUUUGCACUCAGUUCCAGUUCACAGGAUGAAGUGAGAGACAAUAUUUCACGUGGAAUGGCAAUUCUGGGCCCUACGUUUACACUUGACGCUCUUGUUGAGUGUCUUGUCAUUGGUGUUGGUACAAUGUCUGGAGUGAGACAGCUUGAAAUCAUGUGCUGUUUUGGGUGUCUGUCUGUUCUUGCCAACUACUUUGUUUUUAUGACCUUCUUUCCUGCUUGUGUGUCCUUGGUGUUGGAGCUUUCACGGGAAAGUCGUGAAGGCCGUCCCAUAUGGCAGCUUAGUCACUUUGCUCGAGUUCUAGAAGAGGAAGAAAACAAACCAAAUCCUGUUACUCAGAGAGUCAAAAUGAUUAUGUCUCUAGGUUUGGUUCUUGUACAUGCUCACAGUCGCUGGAUAGCAGAACCAUCUGCUCAGAACAGCACAUCAGAAAUUUCGAUGGGACUAGAUGAAACUGCACAUAAGAGAAUUGAGCCUAAUGUUUCUCUAUGGCAAUUCUACCUUUCUAGAAUGGCCAGUAUGGACAUUGAGCAAGUAAUUACACUUGGCUUGGCUCUUCUGCUUGCUGUCAAAUACAUCUUCUUUGAGCAGACAGAAAUGGAAUCCACACUGUCAUUGAAGAACCCUAUAACAUCUCCUUUAGUGAUCCAGAAAAAUAUCUCUGAAAACUGCUGCAGAAAAUUGUCUUUACCUUUAAAACACAAUCCCAAACCCAGACAAUUAGAUGGGGUUCCAGUUGCCAAAGAGCGAAAAGAUGAAUCCGUAAACCCUCACCUACCAGAGUCACCAACGAAGGCCACAUUUGUAGUUGGCAAUUGUACCCCCACAGAAACAUCCUCAGUUAUCAAGAGAAUAGAACCUGACACUGAGAUGCUUAAAGAGCCACGCUCUGUCGAAGAAUGUCUCCACAUGCUUCAGAAUAGUGAGAUGGGUGCAAAAUUCCUUACUGAUGCUGAAGUUAUUAGCUUGGUCAAUGCGAAGCAUAUUCCUGCAUAUAAAUUGGAAACUCUUAUGGAAACUCAGGAACGUGGCGUCUCCAUUCGUAGGCAGCUGUUAUCACAGAAGCUUCCUGAACCUUCUUCUUUACAGUAUCUUCCUUACAAGCACUACAAUUAUUCUUUGGUAAUGGGUGCCUGCUGUGAAAAUGUGAUUGGGUACAUGCCAGUCCCUGUUGGAGUAGCCGGGCCCCUUCUUCUGGAUAAGAAAGAGUUUCAAGUUCCAAUGGCAACAACAGAGGGCUGUCUAGUGGCAAGCACAAACAGAGGCUGCAGAGCAAUAUGUCUCGGUGGAGGUGCCAGUAGCCGUAUUCUGGCAGAUGGAAUGACACGAGGGCCGAUCGUUCGACUGCCCACUGCCUGCCAGUCUGCAGAAGUAAAGGCGUGGCUUGAAACAUCAGAAGGGUUUAAGAUAGUUAAAGAUGCAUUUGAUAGCACAAGCAGGUUUGCUCGUCUACAAAGACUACUUAUCAGUUUGGCUGGCCGCAACCUUUAUAUUCGCUUCCAGGCUAGAACUGGUGAUGCAAUGGGAAUGAACAUGAUAUCAAAAGGUACUGAGAAGGCACUUGCAAGGCUUCAAGAAGAAUUUCCUGACCUCCAUAUCCUAGCUGUUAGUGGUAACUACUGCACAGAUAAAAAGCCAGCUGCUGUUAACUGGAUAGAGGGAAGAGGGAAGUCUGUUGUCUGUGAGGCUAUCAUUCCAGCAAAGGUUGUUAGAGAGGUACUGAAGACCACAACAGAAGCCAUGAUUGAGGUCAAUAUAAACAAGAAUUUGAUUGGCUCUGCAAUGGCUGGUAGCAUAGGGGGCUAUAAUGCUCAUGCAGCAAACAUUGUCACAGCUAUCUAUAUUGCAUGUGGACAGGAUGCAGCACAGAAUGUUGGCAGUUCAAACUGCAUCACACUGAUGGAAGCAACUGGUCCUACCAAUGAAGAUCUGUAUAUCAGUUGCACAAUGCCUUCUAUAGAAAUUGGAACUGUGGGUGGAGGAACCAACCUGUUACCACAGCAGGCUUGUUUGCAGAUGCUUGGUGUCCAGGGAGCCAGUCCAGACAACCCUGGGGAAAAUGCUCGUCAGCUUGCCAAAAUUGUAUGUGCUACAGUAAUGGCAGGAGAAUUAUCUCUAAUGGCUGCCUUAGCUGCAGGGCAUUUGGUCAAAAGCCACAUGAUUCACAAUAGAUCAAAAAUCAAUCUACAGGAUCUUCAAGGAACAUGUACCAAAAAAGUUGUUUAAAAUUAACAGGAACUUGAAGCAAAGUAUUGCUGUGGCAAAUUGACAACAGAAACAAUGUAUGAUGUGUGAAUUUGAAGAGAAAGAUAAUCUUCAGAAUUGUUGGGAAGAUACUUGAGAGGAUCAGUGUCCAUGUUGUUCUCAAACGCUGACUUGCAUCCUUUUCCUCUGCCAUAAAGGGAUAUUUCUAAGGAAAAUACUUCAGAUGGUCUUAAUUUUAACAUGAAGUUCUACCUUUCCUGAGCCCUAUGGUUUUAUAGGGUGGGAUAUCACUUAGUCCACCAAAUUAUUCAAAAGGCUUUAGCCUCUGUCCUUUUGGGUUGAAAAUAAUUUGGCUAGCAGGCUGCUGAGAAGAAAUGCAAGUUCCAUUACUUUUUAUUUUCCUUUUUAGUUCUCAUGGUUUCCUCUCUGUUUUCAGCUGAACACAGUAUGUUUGGCAUAUGCGUUGGCAGCAGUAACCUGUGUAGAUGCAAGUUACAGUUCCUUUAGGUCAAAGAAAUUGCCAGGCACUCAGUUUCACCUGCCAUGUGAUUGACACGCAAAUGCUCAUUUGAGCAAGAUGGCAGAUUUGGGGACAGAGUGGUCUCAUUGCUUCUCCUGAAGGUAUUAUUUUAACUUCGUUGAGACCUUUAAGCCCAGUUUGGUAACAUGAUCACAGUAAUAUAUAGAAACCUCUUUCACAGUGCUUAACAAUAUAUCCAGCUCUUAAGUGUCAAUUAUUGAAUUGGGAUAAACUCUCAUUUUAAAGAAAAAAAUAUGCAUUACUGCACAAAGAGUUGCUUGGUAGAGGCCAUGUUUCAGGAUGUAAAACCACUGAGUUCAAAUGAUUUGUUCAGCUACUUGUCUUGCUUGCAUUGGCGUGAAUAAAGCUUUCAGACACAAUCCACUGGGAAGGUUUCUUGGACAAUCCCUUUGGAAAUGACAGCUGUACAAGAGCACAGGUCACUUUCCUGGGGCUUUCAUGGGAGAGCUUCCUGGUGGAUAACACCCUUAUAAAGCUCGAAUGAGUAGGGUUAUUUAAUGGGAAUGGAUUCGGAUAACCAAGUCAGAAAUAUGUUUACAAGAUUUCUUAAUCCUAAAUCUAGUGUGCACUUCUGCAGUAACAGAUGCAUGGCUAGAAAGAGCUGACAAAUUCAUAUUUCCUUAUUACUGAUACUUUAUUAUUUCUGUUCCUGAUAAAACAAUAAGUUAUUUUGGAGCUGGUUCUGACUACAGUUCUUGUUUUAAUUAAGAGCAGAUCUAAUGCAACAAAAGUAGCUGCAUUCUGGAGUAAUGUGGCACAGGAGAUCCAGGUGUAACUACAGCAAGGCAGAAGGGGAGCAAGAGCACAGAUACACUCCUUGGGUGUUGUCACGAGCAGUGACAUCUCACUGUUCCAAAUUGUUAGAAAGAUGAUUUCAGGACUGGGGUUCUUAGCAUUCUCACUGGAAUGCAAUGUGAGUGUGCCCUUUUUUGUGCAAGUAUAAACUGUGGUCGUUUAGUUUGUAAUACAUCAAAUCUAAUUCUUAUGUGUUGGGCUUGUAAAGCUAAUGCAAGCCAACACGUACUACUUGCUAGGUAUGUGCUGUAGCUACUUGUAAAUAGCAUCAUGAAUGUGUCUCCCUACAGUGUUGUUGUCCAGCAGUUACCAUUUCCUUAUUUAUGCAGCAUUUGAACUGCUUCAUUUUAAUAUUUAAUGCAACACUGAGCCAGCAAUAAAUGGUUUGGUUCAGUGUUCAUUUUGUUGAAUGUAACUGACAUUUUGUCUUUAAAAAAACCAUUUUGUACUAUUUCAAAAUUAUGUACAUUUUGGUACAGAUACUUUUUCAGUUUCAGUAAAACAAUGCAAAAAGCA